AUGGAAGGGAGAUUGGUGCCCGACCCGGAUUGGGGCGCGCUGCUCCAGGCGGAGGCGCUCCCGCUGCUCGGGGUGGGCACGGCGCUGGGCGCGCUGCUGACGAAGCAGCUCUUGAGCUUCCUGGACCUGCAGAAUCCCGAGAUCCUGGUGGGCACCUGCCCCUCCUGCGAGUCGCCAAUCAAGCAGUUCAGCGGGGGCGCCGCGCCCGACGACGAGGCCCUCUACAAGUGCAAUGCGUGCGGCUGCAAGAUGGUCCUCAGCACCCGGGAACGGAGGAUAAAAGCAGCUGGGCUUGGCGAUCGAAGGCGAGCGGGAGGAGGUGUUCGACUGGUCGAAGUCCUGGUCGUCCCUGAAGGAGCGAGCGAGCGCCAUGGUCUCCUGAGGUGCGCCACAGGCUGGCACGCGAGGCUAUUCCAUUCCAGGAUGGGGAUGCGUUGGAUGUUGGCCAGGGUGGAUGGAGGAUAUGCGCCGCGUCUCCAGAGGCAGGCUUGUAAGUAG